AUGAACCAGCUCCGUCUUGAACCCAAAAUUGACUACGGGCCCCAGCUCAACGUCACCGUCUGGCUCCUUAUAUCAGUCUCGGCCAUCUUCCUCUUCACGCGUCUCUACCUAAAGAACUGCCAGAACCGUGGCCUGUGGUGGGAUGAUUAUUUCCUGCUAGGCUCCUGGGUCCUCCUUGCUGCCCAGGCCGGUCUUAUUUCUGACGUUGUCGGCUUGGGAUACGGACGCCAAGUCAUCCCAAUGGAAAAGUUUGGUUUCUUUCCGAUCAGAGUGAAUGUUCUCUCAACAUUGUUGAUCAUCGCCAACUUAUGGGGCAAAACGAGCUUUGCGUUGACACUGCUUAGAAUCCCCGAGCGCUGGGUGAGGGUUGGUGUCUGGACCAUUCUGAUCUCGUUGACGGGGACGCUGGUGCUAAGUGCAGUCAUGGUGUGGAUAAGCUGUCUUGAUAUCAACUUGAGGGGGAGGUGUGUUCCGGUAGAGGUGUCGUUGCGAUACAACAUUUUUUCGUGCGUAUUUUCAGCUGCGAUUGACGUUGUACUGGCGUUCUUACCAUGGAAAUUCUUGUGGGGCCUGGAAAUGAGUAUCAAAGAAAAAGUUGGCGUUAUCAUUGCAAUGAGCAUGGGAGUUUUCGCAGGCGCAGCAGCUGGUAUCAAGUCUGCCACUCUCCCUGCUGUUCAUAAUGGGACCGAUCCAACCUUAGCUGCCAGUGUGCCAUUGUUGAUCUGGGGAAACGCCGAAGCAGCUAUCUGCAUCAUGGCUGCAUCCAUUCCCAUCCUCCGAGCACUCGCCAGAGGCACCUGCCGCGGCCAGGUACCCCACGGAUAUGAGACAUACGAAUAUGGGUCAGCUGGCAUGUCAGAGCCCAGGCUUGCGCGGUCAACAUUCAGUAGAACUGCAGUCAUGUCUCUGGCAUUGCCAAUCCAGUCGCCACCCGCGUUGUAUUCUCAAAAGACGCCCCAUGUUAAAGAGGCCGAUAGUUUGGACGACACCCUGACAAGCGGAAGUCCCGUGCAGUCAUUAACGCGCAAGCACAAGUCCGAAGAGGACGAUGCUGACAGCUUCGAAAUGACCAACUACGGGCAAAGCCGUCCACAAAGUCCACAGAGCAUACAUACUACCGAUAGGCCGCAGAGCCCGUUGGACUUUGUUGGGCGGAACCCAGUCCCGCGAUGA